GAAGAUAUAUGAAGAGGGAAGGUACAAGGAGGAGGAAGGAUCAGACGAGAGUACUAGCUGGUCCACAAACGCACAAGCACAUCUAAUAGCAAAAAAGCCCCGCUGGGGUAAGUUGUCAGACAGAACUCAACGCUACAAAAUACGCGGUAUGGAACAGAAAAAGAAAAACAAAUUUGAAAUAAGCUCUACCAUUAAAUAGCCUAACAAACACAAUUGGCUCUAAAGGGUACCUCAAAUUACACCGAUAUCAAAGAGUUGAUAAUUCACCGUUAAAGAGAAAGUGCUGACGCGUGAAGACCUUCGGUGAGCGCUUUAGAAAGUAGUCGGCGGUGCGGGUCAAAAGCAAUCACCAUAAUUUUCGUAGAAAUUAAUCCUGCAAAUAGCACCUUAAACAGUGCCGCAAGGCUUUUACAGAAGGCUGAUGAGAAUUGGUUUUAUUCCAAUUUAACUCCUCAAAAUUUAGGAGCCUGACCUCUACUGCACGGAGGAGGAAAACGGACGAGUUCUGCACGACGUAAGUUCAAAAUCAGGGCAAAGGCCAUUCUGUUAUUGUAAGGCUGUGGCUUACCGCUGAUGUGACAAAAAGACCAGCGAACGUAAAGCAAGUCGUUUGGGAGUGAAUUGAACACAUUACUCGCCAGCAAAGUGAGCAGUUCCUACCACUAGCGUUAUCACACCUCGCUAUCACACAACACAAGAUCGCUGAUGGAUGUCAACGAGAUGAACAGCACUUUUGAAAAAAAUACGAGUUCAAACUCAAGUUUAAUCCAAACAGGAUUUACUGCAAAGCUAAUCAGAGAGCCAUACCCUCUAACAGUGAUCCGACUCACGCUAUUUGCAAUCCUGUUUGUCACAGCCAUUGUCGGCAACGCGUGCGUGUUUCUUGCUCCAUGGAGGAACGCUCGACUUCGUACGUUCAGCUACUCCCUGAUAACGUGCCUUGCGAUAGGGGACUUUGUGAGCGCGCUGGGGCUUCCGUUUAUCCUAAUCACGGAACACCUUAGUUCCAACUGGAUAUUUGGUCAAUUUCUCUGUCAGUGUUUAAACCCAACCCAAGUGGUUUGCGGUAUGGUGACGACUAACGUGCACACGGCUAUUUCAGUAGACCGUUAUAUCUCUGUUGCGUAUCCAUUCAAAGGGAAACCUAAACGCUCAAGGAAGUGGUUGAUUUUUCUCGCUAUUUGGCUCACAGCUAUCCUUUGCGCCCUUCCAGCAUUCAUCGCACGGAAGCUCUUUGAGAUCCAGCUCCCGCACCGUACCGUAAACAUAUGCAUUGAGAUAUACUCGAGCCCAAAUGCGCAACACAUCUACUCCGUUUUCCUCUUCUCCGUGAACUACCUGAUACCCAUUCUAGUAAUGGCUGUUCUUUACAGUAGGAUAAUGCUUCUGAUAAGGAGCGUCAAGCAUCGACGUCGGAAAUCAACCCCGAGCUACUUAAGCGAUGAAAGCCCCUGUUACACCGGCUAUGAGCGCAAAUUCAUCCGCAUGAAUAUAGUGGUAAUGUUACUGUUCGUCUUGUGUUACUUACCUUACCAAGUUUUCUUCCUCUUGAUGGAGUUCGGAAUCGCGCGAAGGUGGAAAUUUGCGUAUCUUGCUUUUGAUUAUGUGUUCUUUGUGACGUGGUUACCGAACGCGUUGAGCCCUAUUUUUUACGGUGCCAUGGAUAGGGCGUACGCACGGGCCUUCAAGGUUUUGUUCCGCACUAUCACUCGGCGCUUGUCAAAAAGGAAGCCCUUGGAUAGUACUGAUGUCGAUGUGUUUGUGAAGUCGAACUGAGACAACAUAACUAUGUAUAUAUAUUAUGUAUAAUAUAUGGCCUGAACAUUCUUCCUCAAAAUGGAUUGACCUUGUAAAAUGGUGACACAUGGUGUCUUUGCUUGUAUUUUUUUUUCUUGAGGUCACAAGACCUCAUGGUUAAUACAAAAACCAUACACGAGGAUUCAUAUUUUCCCUUUCUGUUACCGCGAAAAUCACGGCGGAAUUUGAGUAAUUCAAGCAACAAUCUUCGCGUCAUUGAAAAAUAUAGUUAGGCAAUUAGUCUAGGGAAGGUCCAUGAAGACUCAAACAAUCAAGCCAGGGUUUAUUUGUGAAAGUGUUCUUUAGUCAUAGGAAUUUAGUCUACGCAAGACAGGCGGAUUACAUCGGGCUUGCACCAGGCGUGGACGAUCUCAUGCCCUUCUUUACAUACACAUAUUGUUGAAAAAAGGUAUUUACAAAAACGUAGGAAAAAACCACCGGACAGCCUCUAUCUGCUGGUGUGCGUUGGACCUUGUGGUCUGCGUCGACA